CUUCUUAAUAAGGUUAUGUUGUUAUCAGAUUUAUGAAUAUUUACAUAUAUACAAUAAUUUUGAACUGUUUGUUUAAAAAAUUAGUAUGAUUUGUUUAAACUUUUAAGAGAAGGUCGGCUGGACAAAUAUUAUUCCCAGAAAGAGUUAUCUUAUUAUAUCAACUCAAAAAUUUCCUUUGUUGGAAUAGCAACGUAUUGAUAAUGAAAUUAAUUUACAUUUCUUAAGAAUAUCUAUAUGAUAUCUGAUAUUUAGUUGAAUUUUUCGAUAGAAAUUGAAUUUCUGCAAUGACUAGGAUCCACAAUUUCUUUCUAUUCCGCGCUAGGAAAAAACCUACCAUUUGUAGAAUAGAUACAGUGUCAUUUGAUUCAUUUCAUAAUGAACAAUCUCCUGAAAAGAAUAAAGUAUCGAGAGAGUCGUCUAUCUCUGAAAAGUUUUCCCCUCACACAUUAAAUAAGGUUGAUCAUUAUGAAAAAUUUUCUACGGAGGGGCCUAGGAGAAAAUGGUCAAUGCCAAAUUUUUAUACUAUUGUGGCAAUCCUUCUAUUAAUUCUAUUUUUUAUUAUUCCGGUAAUAUAUCUUUUAUAUUGUUUUGACCUUAUUUAUAAACAUGCGGAUUCUGAGGAUUCUUUAUACCAAUCGAGUCAGCUCUUGGGGAAAAAAGUAUUGAACGAUUCAAAGGAAAUUUACUCUUCUGAUAAAAGUCAAAUUGCUCUUCAUAAAGACCUUCCUUUUCCUCCGAAGCCCAAUUCUACCCAAUGUCAGAUAUUCUCUGAAAUUGACAGAUUAGAUUGUUUACCUCAAGGAAGUGCUACAAAAGAAACAUGCGAACAAAGAGGAUGCUGUUGGAUUUCAAAACUUUCAACUCAAUUAGGAAUACCUUACUGUUUUUAUCCCAAAGGAUAUGCCACAUAUAAUUAUUUGAAUGUAACACAAACAGCAUUUGGGCUGAUGGCGUUUCUUAAAAGAGAAUACAGAAGUGGAUACCCUGAUGAUGUUGAAAUCAUAAAGCUAGUAGUCAAAUAUGAGACGGAAUCGAGACUUCACAUCAAGGUGAUUGAUCCGUUGCGACAUAGAUUUGAACCGCCAUAUCCAGAAAUUCCUAUUGUGGACAGAGCAGCAACUAAUUUAUUGUACAAGUUUAUUUACGAUCCUGUGAAACCAGGAUUUCAGAUUCUUCGAAAGAACGAUGGCACUGUCAUUUUUGAUGCACAAGAAUUCAGGAAUUUGAUAUUUUCGAAUCAGUUUCUCCAAAUAAGUGGUAAAUUACCAUCAAAUCUCAUCUAUGGGAUUGGUGAACACCAAGAACGCUUCAUGGUACCAACCAAUUGGACUAAGUAUACACUUUUCAAUCAUGAUGGCAUACCUGACUUCAAUAAAAAUCUCUACGGAAGCCACCCUUUCUACUUGUUGUUAGAAAAGCCAGGUGUUUCUCAUGGAGUUUUUCUACUGAACAGCAAUGCAAUGGAUAUAUUAUUGCAACCUACACCUGCAAUUACCUUCAGAACUAUUGGAGGUGUUUUGGACUUUUUUUUCUUCUUGGGACCUACUCCAUCUGAUGUUGUCAGGCAGUAUACUGAUUUGAUAGGAAGACCUUUCAUGCCUCCAUAUUGGAGUUUAGGAUUUCAUUUAUGCCGUUUUGGUUAUAAAACCUUGGAAGAAACCAAGAAAAUUAUGCAGAGGACCAUUGAUGCCGGAAUUCCACUGGAUACUCAAUGGAAUGAUUUGGAUUAUAUGAACAACAGUAAUGAUUUCACUUAUGACAAGAAAAACUUUAAAGAUCUUCCCAGUUUUAUUGAAUCACUACAUGAAAAAGGUAUGCAUUACAUACCCUUGAUUGAUGCCGGAGUGAGUGCUAGCGAGCCUGAUGGUACUUAUCCACCUUAUGACGAAGGAGUUAAGAUGGAUAUUUUUGUGAAGAAUAGUAGCAAUCAAAUUUUUAUUGGAAAGGUUUGGAAUAAAGGUACAACAGUGUGGCCGGACUUCACUCAUCCAAAUACGGUUGAUUAUUGGACUUCCAUGCUGAAAGAUCUUCACAGGCAGAUAGCAUUCGAUGGAGCUUGGAUCGACAUGAACGAACCCUCAAACUUCUACUCAGGCUCCAGUACGGGAUGUCCUCAGAACAACUUGGAGUAUCCCCCUUAUGUUCCAUCAGUAGAGGGUGGAUUAUUGUAUUACAAAACCAUGUGCAUGUCUUGUAAACAGUAUGCGGGGCUACAUUACGAUGUACACAAUUUGUUCGGAUUCACAGAAGCGAUUGUGACCAAUUUUGCUUUGGCUGAGAUACGUGGUAAAAGACCGAUGGUUAUCUCUAGAUCCACUUUUCCCGGUAUUGGUAAUUAUGGUGGACAUUGGAGUGGUGAUGUAUGGUCCGCAUGGUCGGAUAUGAAAUACAGCAUACCUCAACUUUUGAGCUUUAGUCUUUAUGGUGUUCCACUUAUGGGAGCAGAUAUUUGUGGGUUCAAUGGAAAUACAACAGCUAAUUUGUGCAACCGUUGGAUGCAGUUGGGGGCCUUUUAUCCAUUCUCAAGAAAUCACAACACUGAUGAUGGAAUUGAUCAAGAUCCAGUUGCUUUCGGAGAUUUAGUCAUAAAAUCCUCCAAAAAGGCACUCCUGACUAGAUAUUCAUUGCUGCCUUACCUCUAUACAUUAUUCUGGAGGGCUCACGUAAAUGGAGACACAGUUGCUCGACCAUUGCUUUUUGAAUUUUGGAACGAACCUGACACUUUUGACAUUGACACUCAGUUCCUGUGGGGACCAGCAUUAAUGAUUAUUCCGGUCCUGGAGGAUAAUGUAGAAACCGUACGAGGUUAUUUACCCAAAGCGAUUUGGUAUGAUUUUUACAGCAAAGCUCCCACCUUGAGUAAAGGUGAAUUUUUCAACAUAUCUGCACCUCUUGAUACAAUCCCUCUAUUUGUCAGAGGGGGAUAUGUUAUUCCGCAACAAUCUGCAAAGCAGACAACAACUGAAAGUCGUAAAACACAAAUACAACUGUUGGUUGCACUGGACGAACAAGGGAGAGCAUCUGGUGAACUUUAUUGGGAUGAUGGUGAUUCAUUAAAUAGUUAUGAAGAGAAGCAAUAUUCUCUCACAACAUUUUCUGCAGAAGAUAACACUCUGAAAAUCAAGAAUGUUUAUCGCCAAGAGCUUCCACCCAGUUUGGGUAAUGUGACAAUUUUAGGGGUUCAAAAGACAGUGUCUACAGUAACCCUCAAUAGUGAUUCAAUUAAGAAUUUCCAUUACGAUGCGGUGCAGAAGGUGUUAUCCAUCGAUAAACUCAAGCUGGAUUUUAAAAGUGACAUUGUUUUCUCUUGGAAGUAAACGUUUAUGUUUUCCGAGAUAUCAUUUAUGGCUGACUGAUAUUACUUUUGAGACUAAAACUUUUCUUAUACAUUCAGUUUUUAUUGUAUUUCUCAAGAAAUUCAACUUCUUACUUCUAUAAUCAUAUAUUGAUAUAUGAGCAUUAUUAUCGUAGAAAUACGUUAUUGAACUUUUGAUUAUAUGUCAUAUCAUAUUCUAGGUAGGAAUUUACUAAAAAGUUGAAUGUUAUACAAAUUUUAUUAGGAGUACACUCCAUUGGUACAUAUUUUGAAAUUUUAUUGUAAGCUGGAUGGAAUCAGUUUGCGGAGAAUGCAACCAAAUCUUUCCAUUUUUGCAAGCUUCAGUAUUUAGAAAUAUCAAAAAUCCUCCUUUAUCGAGUCCAUAACACCAAUUGUAAUCAUUAGAAGUUUGAUUUGAUAAAUUUUCUCUAGAGCUAAAAUUCAUAUUCAGUACAGUUAUUGUUUUUGAAUUUGGAAUUCUUAUAUCGUGAUAUUUCUUAACAAGCAAGUCCUUUCGAUAAGUUCCUUGGAAAAAGUCUGAAAUUUUGCUCAUGAUGAUUGAAAUUCAUUAAUUGGUAUUAUGAAUAAUGAUAAUUCUUUUUGUUCAACAAAACGGUUGCCAACUUCAUUGUGAUGUAAUUGAUAGAAAUAUGUACAUGUAUUUGUAUCGAGUUUUGAAUGUUGCUCAUCUGAAUUAUUUUGAUGUGAUUUUUAUAUAUAGAAUAGAUUUUUUGCACAAAUUCAUCAUUGCUUUAACUGCUCCAUGUUUUGAUUAUCAAUGUCAUUUGCCAUAAAAAUCGAGUAUUCCAUGUAGCAGGAUUACUCCAUUUAUAACUAGUCACAUUUGAAUAUUUUUUAGAAUUAAGGUUUUUCCUGUGUUUUAUAUUUAGUGAAGGUAUUUUUUAUUCAUUUUUAAAACUUUUUUCUAACUAUUUUUUGGCUGAUAUUUCCCUAUUGUACCUUAUUUGAGUGUAAUAAAAACUAUUGAUGAAUUAA